AUGUUACCCAGGAUAUCUUAGAGUUAAUAACUUCAUUCAAUUCAUCAUUCUGAAGAUAUAACAUUAAAUGAAGUAAAAAGAAGAAAAAAAGAAUUAGAAUUAUAAGCAUAGAGUGUAGAAAAUAGAAUUAGAUAACUUAGAAAUGAAGAAGGGAAAUUGGUUAAAAGAAUAUAAUAAACAGAAUAAUUAACUUCUGAAGUUUAUCAAUAAAAAGUAGCUGCAUAGCUAAAAGUAAUAAAUAAUUAGAUUAUAUAGAAACAACAAAAAAUAUAAAAAAAUGCACUUUAUUAUAGAAAUUCAUAAAACGAUUCAAAAGAAUUGACAGAAUAAUCUAUUGGAAAUGAAAGAAAUAAAGAACUCUACAUAAAAACAACAAUUGAAAGAAAUUAGUUGAAAAAAGUUAAACAAGAGUUUAGAUAAUAUAAGCAUAAUGAAGCAUAAAAUUAUAGAAAACUUUUAUAAUAUGAAUAAUUUAAGUUUAUAGAGGAAUAAAAAAAAUGGCAUGAAAAUUAAAAAUUAAAGGCAGCUUUAAGAAAGCAAGAGUAAAAUUUAUCUGAAGUAAUAAUUCGAGAAAAAUUAAAUGAAAAAAGAAGCAAAAUAAAAUAAGAGAACGAUAAAGAAAAAGUUAAAACUAUUUAAGAAAAUGAAGAAAGAGAAAAACAUAUUAAAUAAUUAGAGAUAGAGGAAUUAUAAAUGGUUCAAAAAUUAUAAGCAACAUAAUAAAGAGAGAAAGAUGUAAAAGGAAAAUUGAUUGCUGCUACAAGAUUAUAACCUGAUUAAUUUGCGAAAACUUUUCAUUCCUUAAAUAAUACAUAGAUACUUGCUGAACAGUCAAAUACAUAAAAUAAUGUAUGUUAUAUCAUUUAAUAAAUAAGAAAUAAGAGGAAAUUUUACAAUAAAAUUAAUAAACACAAAAUAGUAUCGAACAUAAAGAAGAAAUAAUUAAUGAAGAACAGUAGGGAACGUAAACUGAAGAAUGA